GCCGCCAUUGCGCAGAACCGGCUGAUCGCGGGAACCAGUUGAGAGACUGACUCCUCCUCUGCAGUUUGGUAAAAGGACUGUCUUCGGUGAAAGUAGUGUAACCACCUAAAUCAGGAUUAUCUUUCAUCUUACACUUAGUGAGCAGAAAUGAGUAAAAAAGCAGAAAAAAGCAGUUCCGUGCGAGAGAGACGUGCACGUCAAAGUUCUCCUGAGAGAGCCAGUGAGAUGGAGGAGAAGAUAAUGAAACGGGUAGAGCGGCAGUUAAAAGGGUUGACAUUUCAAAACCCCGGGCCUCAGGUCGCCAACUUUAAUCCUAAAAUAAGGCAGCAGCAGAAGAAAGAGCAAAUGUCAAAGAAGAAAGAAUUGUCUUCUCCAAAGCCCGAAACCAAGAAGUAUGACAGAAAGGGCAGGCUCCUCGUCAAUCAGGCUGACCUGUGUGAUUGCCUCGAUGAAGACUGCCUGGGUUGCUUCUACCCGUGCCCCAAGUGUAACUCCACCAAGUGCGGGCCCACGUGCCGCUGCAGCCGCCGCUGGGCCUACACCAGCAUGCUCGAUGAGAGUGGGGAGGUCAUCAGCAAGAUGCCAUUCAACGUCUCCGACUAG